AUGGGCUUGUCAAAGAGGAUUGCUGAGAAGGUCCAUCUUACCUUAUUGAAUUUAUGUUGCACCACAAGACUGGGAGAUGAUGGGCUUGUCAAAGAGGAAGAAGGCAUCUCAGAAGUAGAGCAACGACAUAUCGAGGAGGUGUUUGAUGAGCUCUGCCCUCCGUCCUGCUUAGAUAAUCUUGACAUUGAAGGAUAUUUUGGCCAGCGGCUCCCAAGGUGGAUGAUGUCAUCAUCAGUGGUGCCCCUCAAAAGCUUGCGGAUUCUAAUGAUGGAAGAUCUGGCUUGCUGCAUCCAACUGCCUAGUGGCUUGUGUCAGCUCCCUUGUUUGCAGUUAUUUCAGAUCAGACGUGCUCCAUCCAUCAACCGUAUUGGUCCUGAAUUCCUGCAGCUGUACCAUCAAGACAGUCAUCAUCCUUCUCAGGCAGCUAUGGUUGCGUUUCCGAGAUUACACCGGAUGUACUUGCUGGAAAUGGUUGAAUGGAAGGAGUGGGAGUGGGAAGAAAAAGUGCAAGCCAUGCUCGCCUUGGAGCAGCUUGUGAUUGGAAACUGCAAAUUGAGUUGUAUUCCUGCUGGCCUUGCCUCACAGGCAAAUGCUUUGAAGACAUUAUCCAUACAAUAUGUCAAGUACCUCAAGUCGCUAGAUAACUUUGCUUCUCUUGUUGAGCUUCAAGUGAGUUGCAACCCUGACCUGGAGAGUAUCACUAAUCUCCCCAAACUGCAGAAGCUUCUCAUCUCCACAUCUCCAAAGCUGCUGCUGCUGGAAGGUGUGCCUGCCCUUCAGAGGCUCGUGCUGGAGGAUUACGGCAUAAAAACACUCCCAGAGUACAUGCGAUAUGUGAACCCAAGACAUCUGGAGCUAGAAUGCAGGCUAGCCUUGCUUAGUUCCAUUGCUACAGGACAAUCUGGCCCUGAGUGGGACAAGUUUAGCCAUGUCAAGCAUAUCAAAGCAUAUGCACACGAUGGAGACAAUCGGAGGAAAUGGUUUAGCCAAUUAGGAACCUUGUGGUUUUGUGAGGACGAAAAAAGAUUUCAGUCCGUCUUCAAAAUGACAAGAAGAACCUUCAACCACAUCUGCAGCCUGUUGAAGGAGCCGUCUGUAGAAGAUACAAGCAGCUACACCUUUCUUGAUGGGAGGUUGUUGUGUUUAGAAGAUCGAGUAGCCGCUGCUCUGAUUGUGUUGAACUCUGGUGAGCCACUGGAGACCAUAGGAUCCUCUGUUGGCAUGAACCAAUUGACCGUCUCGCUUGUAACUGCGAGUUUUGUUGAUGCCAUGGUGAAGCGAGCAGCACACCACUCCUGCUGGCCAGGCACCGUUGAAAUGGAGAUGAUCAAAUCCAUGUUUGACAAGACCCAUGAUAUGAGGCUCAGAGACAGUUGGUUGGGAUGGUCAGAUAGCAUGAACCAGUGGAGCAUUUUGCAUGACUCUCAGCUCUUCAAGAAGUGCGACAAGGGUGCUUGGCUGAAUGGCAGAAAGCUGCACUUAUACAUAAUCGGUGAUGCAGGAUACCUUCUUCUCCCCUGA